UAGUGCUCAAAGAUUUAUAUCUGUAGAUAAUUUAUUAAGCAAAAUAUCUCUGUGUGCUGGUGUAUUUUCUAAUUCACCAUAUUUUUGGUCAAGUGUUACAUCAACUAAUCUUUGGAUUAUAGAAUUCUUUGAAAGUUUUGUUAACAAAUGUCCCAAGAACUUGAUGAAGUUUCGUCAGCAACAUCCCAGGAUCUACUUUUUGCCGCCUUGAACCAAAGUGGUUUAUCAACUCUUGACUCAAAUCAAGAUGAGGAAAUUAUUGGAAAUCAAACAGACAAUCUUCUUGAGAGUUUACAAAACUCUGGUCUGUCGUUUGAAGCAUCAUCGUCAAAAAUUAGUGGAAAUGAACAGGUGUCAGCAUCAACAUCAUCUCAUCUGGUCAGCACUCCACAAGCCACUGUGAAACCCACCCUAGUAAAUCUUGGUUCAAAACCAGCAUCGCCAAAAAUAAUCACAAUUACACAACAGGGAAAGAAAAUUAUAAAAGUUCCAAUUAUAAAAACAGCUGCAGAUGCCAAAGGGAAACCAAAUAUCAUCAGACUACCUCUCAAUAUAACAAGUACUGGCAUCAAAAAACCUAUCAUUAUCAAAAGGACUAUCGUUUCAACCACAUCUAUAACUCCUGCUGGAAAUAUUACUACAAUUCCCACUAGUGUGAAACGAAUGUCACCAGUGCAACAGCCUCUGUCAAACGUAAUACCAAUAACAUUACCGACAGCAUCAUUUUCACAAACUCCAAAAAUAGCUCUAACCAACACAGAAGCAAAAAAUACUUAUGCUAAAGUAACUGUUGGUGGCAAAAAAAUUCUUAUUCCAAUUAUGAGAAAGAAUGGUCCAAGUGUUCCCCAUAAAAUAGAAGUUCCAGCUGGUAGUGUAAGAGUAUCAACACUCGCAACAACAAGAAACUCACCGAUAAUUUUCAAUAAUGUUGCAAACGUUGUUAAAACCCAACCUAUAACUGUUGUCAGAAAGGUUGCAGGUAAUGAAAUUAGGACUAUAAACUCAAAUCCUGGCAGUCCUCAGGUUCGUAUCGUUACAAAAGUCGAGAGUAAACAGAAGCUUCAAGCACCACCCUCAUCAGGACUCAAUCUCGGGAGUCUAUUCAUCGAGUCUGCUGAAAAGGAGGCUGAUAUAAUUCCUACGGCCACUAUACUGCCUGUUUCUGAGAAUAUUUUUAGUGACAAGAACAAUAAUUCAGGAUAUACUGAUAAAAUGACAAUUACUGUUUUACCGCAACAUCAGAAGAUUUAUCAUAGGAAUUGCGCUUCUCCACUUUCUCCAGUAACAGAUAUACUUUCAUCAUUGGCAACUGUCAGGCCACAUUCACCAUUAUUGAAGAUGUCAACCAAUGAUCAAUACAACCCAUAUUCAACAAAUAAUUCAAGUAAUAAAAACAGAGAACUGAAACAUCAAAAUUCUUGGCAAAAGGAUUCAAAAAUUCUUCCUAAGCCAAACACUGUGAGGGAGACAAAACCAGGAAUAAAUAGAAGUUAUUCAGUACAAAACUUCUACAAAAAUUCAGGAUCAAAAUCUGCUAAGGAUUUGAACUUACUAGACCUGAAAAGGGAUGUUGUGGAUUCCCGUAAGUCAACAGAUGAAUUAGUUCAAGAUGAGGAAAGGGAAGAAGAAGGUCAACAUGCCAAUAUUUAUGCUGAAUAUAAACCAAGCAAAUUGAAUAUUGGACUUCCUCAUCCUGACAGAGUCGUCGAGACAAGUUCUUUGUCCAGUGUUCCACCUCCAGAUAUUCAUUAUAAACUUUCCAUUCCUGAAGAAGUGAUUGAUCAAGGACUAUUGUCUGCAUUACAACUUGAAACAAUAACAUAUGCUUGUCAAAAACAUACAACUUUUCUACCGAGUGGAGAAAGAGCAGGAUUCUUAGUAGGUGAUGGUGCAGGUGUGGGAAAAGGAAGAACAGUUGCUGGAAUCAUUUUUGAAAAUUAUUUAUUGGGAAGGAAAAGAGCGCUUUGGUUUAGUGUAUCGAAUGAUCUGAAAUUUGAUUCGGAACGAGAUCUCAGAGAUAUUGGUGCCAAAAAUAUUCAUGUUCAUAUGUUAAAUAAGUUCAAAUAUGGGAAAAUUUCAUCGAGAGAAAACAGUUCUGUAAAGAAGGGAGUUAUUUUUGCUACGUAUUCAUCAUUAAUUGGAGAAAGUCAUUUUAACACUAAAUAUGGAACGAGAUUAAAACAAAUAUUGCAUUGGUGUGGAAAAGAUUUUGAUGGAGUCAUUAUAUUUGAUGAAUGUCACAAAGCCAAAAAUUUAAUUCCAUCUGGUUCAGCUAAACCUACUAAAACUGGAUAUACUGUUCUUGAACUACAGAAAAGACUGCCAAAUGCACGUGUUAUCUAUGCAAGCGCUACAGGGGCUUCUGAACCUCGCAAUAUGGCGUAUAUGUCGCGAAUAGGCCUGUGGGGACAUGGUACACCUUUCACUGAUUUCAUGAAUUUCAUUCAGGCUGUUGAAAGGCGAGGUGUUGGGGCAAUGGAAUUGGUUGCCAUGGAUUUAAAAUCUAGAGGAGCUUACAUUGCUAGGCAGCUCAGUUUCCAUGGAGUAUCAUUUCGUAUUAAGGAAGUGCAAUUGACAAGAAAGUUUAUAAAAAUGUACAAUGAUGCUGUUCGAUUGUGGGUUGCUGCGAGAGAAGCAUUUCAAGUCGCUGCUGGUCUCAUUGAUGCGGAACAUCACAUGAAAAAAACAAUGUGGGGUCAAUUUUGGGCAGCACAUCAACGAUUUUUCAAAUAUCUAUGCAUCGCUGCCAAGGUUGAUCAUGCCUCACAACUUGCUAGGGAAGCUGUUAAACAUGGAAAAUGUGUUGUCAUUGGAUUACAAUCUACUGGGGAAGCAAGAACAUUGGACAUGCUGGAAAAAUGUGGAGGAGAAUUAGAAGACUUUGUUUCUACUGCCAAAGGUGUUUUUGAAAAUUUGAUUGAAAACCAUUUUCCUGCGCCAGAUCGAAAAAGAGUGACUGACUUGUUCGGUAAAGAUUUUUAUAAAAAGGAUGAUAACGCAUCGGAAGAUGGAAAUUCACAAAAACAAAAUAAUGCAAAAAGAAAAAAUGCUACUAAUAAUAAGUCCAACGAACCUGUGUCCAAGAAAAUUCGUUCAUCGGUAACCAAUGACAAUGAUGACUCAGCAUCUUCUGAUGAAGAAAAUUAUGAUUCCGCAAAAUUUUCGGGUGUUGAUUCAGAUGCAUCUAUUGAUUAUAGUGAUGAAGAUAUCGGAAAAAUAUUUGGAGGAGGCUCGGAUAGUGAUGAAUGGGGAGGAGAUGCAGAAGAAUCUCGAAAGAAAAAGCUGAAAAAGAAGAACAAAAAGAAAGGAUCGGAUAUGGAUGAAGAAGCAGAUCGAUUACUGGAAGAAGCAGGAUUAAAAAAUGGACCUUCAAACCAUUCUAACGAAAUAAAAACUAAAACAAAUGAAUCUGAACAAACUAAUCUCACUGCCUAUGUUAAUUCAGAGAAUACGGAAGAUUUGGGACUUGAAAGUCUUAAAUUGUCUGGGCAAAAUCCAGUUGCAAAAGCACAAGCACUUAAAAAAGAAUUGUUAAGAAAACUCGAUUCUGUUGAAUUACCAAAUAAUACACUAGAUGAAUUGAUUGAUGCUCUUGGAGGACCAGAAAAUGUUGCUGAGAUGACUGGAAGAAAAGGUAGAGUGGUGGCAACGGAAGAAGGAAACAUUCAAUAUGAAUCUAGAACUGAAAAUGAUGUGCGAUGUAAUAUGCUUAAUUUGGCAGAAAAACAGAGGUUCAUGGAUGGUGAGAAAAAUAUUGCAAUUAUUAGUGAAGCUGCAAGUUCUGGAAUUUCAUUACAAUCAGAUCGCAGAGCUCGAAAUCAACGUCGAAGACUUCAUUUAACUCUGGAGCUUCCAUGGAGUGCUGAUCGAGCUAUUCAACAAUUCGGUCGAACACAUCGUUCCAAUCAAGUGAAUGCUCCUGAAUAUGUUUUCUUAAUUUCUGAACUCGCCGGUGAACAGAGAUUUGCUUCAGUUGUUGCAAAACGUUUGGAAAGUUUGGGAGCGUUGACUCAUGGUGAUCGUCGCGCCACGGAAACAAGAGAUUUAUCCCAAUAUAAUUUUGAUAAUAAAUUUGGAAGAUUAGCACUAGAUUCUGUAAUGAAAUCAGUUGCAAGUUUAGAUGUUCCUAUUGUACAUCCACCUGCCACUUAUCCUGGACUGUUCUUUAGAGAUAUCAGAAGAGCUAUGGUUGGUGUUGGUCUCAUCUCUGUAGAAUCAUCCGGGGCGCCACCUCAAUUAGAAAAAGAAUAUAAUAACAUUGUUAAGUUCAUGAACCGUAUACUUGGAAUGGAAGUUUUACAACAAAAUGCUGUUUUUCAAUUUUUUUCCGAUACAUUAUCUAAUAUCGUUCAAAAAGCAAAAACUCACGGACAAUUUGAUCAAGGAAUUAUGGAUGUUGGAUCUCGAGAUGAUUGUGUCGAACGAGUCGAUUGCAAACGAUUUCAAUUGAACGCCUAUUCUGGUACCGGCGACAAACCAACAGCUGCACAGAAAGCUGGCAGCGGUUAUGUUGAAUUACACACUGUGAAAAUUGAACGUGGGAUGUCAUGGGAUGAUGCUGAGAAUGCGUGGUCUCAGCUUUCAAGUGAAAACGAAGAUGGAUUUUAUGUCACACAUUUGAAAAGGAAUGGCCGAUGUAUGGCUGUCUUGUGUUUUGAAAAUCAACUUAAAUCCCGCAAACAACAAUCAUAUAAUGAUGAAGAUUCAGAAAAAUUAUCUGAUGAAUUCCGCCUGUUUACGCUACAUCGACCUAAUAUGGGGAAACAAGUCAAAAGAGAAACACUUGCCACAAUUCGAUCACGAUACAGAAAAGUGGAACCUGGUGAAGCGAAGAUUUGGUGGGAAAAACAAUACAAAGCAUCGUUAGAUAUUUGUUCCCAUGCGUACUGGCAAGGGGUUUGUCAUCGUCAAGUUCAAAGAGUUCCAUGUGGUAUUGGGAAGCGCCGACGUACUUAUCAUGUUUUGUCUGGUUCUGUACUUGCUAUAUGGAGAUUGAUAGAAAAAGUUUUAUCGUCUGGGAUGACGACACUAUAUAAAAUGCAAAUUGUCAGAUUAAAAACAGAAGAUGGAAAGUUAGUUGGUUUGUUGAUUCCAUCGAGCUGUGUUGAACAAUUAACCAAACAUCUUCAGAAUCCUGAUCAUCUUUUAAAUCCUGUUCAACAACUAGGAAAUCAUGCACUAAUACGAACUGCAUCCACACCAGUGUUUUCUGCAAAUAAUUUUGAUGAUGAAGAUGAAUUCAUUGAAGAUGACAACAGUGAUAUAGAAGAUGACGACGAUUUUUCACCAGAUGAUAUGGUUUCAUCUGUUUUAGCUCCAGGCAAUACUUGGUAUCGGUAACUGCUACAAAUAUACUGCAAUACCAAUUGUAAAGCUGUAGAAUGUGAAAAUCAUGCUCCCAGAUGGUGGUUUAUGUGAACAGAUACCUCUGAUUGUGGAGAUUGAUAGGUGGUUUAUGUGAUCAGAUACCUCUGAUUGUGGAGAUUGAUAGGUAAAUUGUGAAAAACAGGUUUAAACGUGUUCGAACAGGUUUUGAACUUGAUCACAAAAUAGCAAAGACGAAUGACUCAUGCCAGAAGCUCAGCCGGUAGAAGCAACCUGAAAUACUUUGUAACGCUGCUGUGUACUAUUGAACCUAGCUACUGCAAAAUCAGACCGUGUGCUAUAGAAAAUUGAUAAGUGCCUAAUGUCCUUUGUUUAGGCUUAACAUUGUCACAUUCCUUAACUUUUUUACUGUUGCUGCUCCUUUUGAACAUUUCAAAUAUUACAUUCCUGAGUUUCAAUGCAUACUUGGAAACAAUUCUUUUAAAAAUUGGUUUUUCAAAAUGGUCGCAGUGACUGCUAUAUCAUGGAUAUUUUUAUGACAUGUCCCACAUCUUCGCUAUCAGCCAGGUCCUUACAACCAAUUCACAAGCUAUUAUGUUUUUGAAAAGGCUGUAAUAUUCAUGGUUUUCAAAAAUCCUACCGAUUUUGUUGCACUUUGGGUAUUGGGCUCUAACCUUAGCUGCCUUAGCAGUGAUCAUAAUAUAUGCUGAUUUCACAUUUGUAUUUCCUUCAAAUAUCUGUGAAACUUCGUCAAAUAUGGGUUUUAUAUAUAACAUGAAAAGAUUGUGUUUGAAAGUGUUGGUUUGACGAAAGCCAAAAUUCCACUUCUCGCGUAUUCACUCAACAUCCAUAGAAUAUAUAUAUUCUGGCACCUGCUCAGUUAUGUAUGUAGUACUUAUAACAUGGUGUAAAUUUUACUAUUUCAAUUCAUUAAGCAUUUCCCACUGUUUUGUUUUGCUCGCAUGGGUAAACUUUUGCCUGUACUAUUCACUUCUCCAAUUUUUUUUUUAAUUUCGUUUGCCAGUUGAAAAAUACAUGCAAUGUCUUUAUAUUGUCUUAUAUGCAUUGCUUUGUGACAAGGAAAAAAAUUUUCGAUCUUGUGGGGAAAUGUUAGCUUUAACAAAACUUUAUUGGUAACAUCGACAUGGGAUAUUAUAGUCUACUACUAAUAAGCUGUGUUACAUCUUCGGCUCUUGCACAACAAUUACAGGAGAGUCAAUAUUUUCGUCUGUGCUAUGAUUUGCCUGUCUUGAAGAUCGUUAAUUGAAUUAGUUUCUUUUCCUCUUCGUGGCGAAAUCAGCGUCGCCAACACUAAAUAUUUUUGAUAUUGUGAGUGUGUGACUAUGAUUGCAUGUGAACGCAAGCCUCUGUUGCACCUUUUUCAAUUUCUUUUAUCUGAGUUCAUUUUUAUUUCGAAAUAAACACAAUCUGCCGAAGGUAUUGAAUGCAA